UGUUGCCAUGGAUAUUAUGUAAACGCUGGCAAUUUUACAUUGUUUCCAGCCGGUGAAGCAGUGAACAGAACGAACGAUCAUGACAGAGAAUCAUCCAAACUCGCUCGCUUUCAUUCCUAGUUAUAUGGAAGUUAAAGGAUCUCUUUUCUUACGAUCUGAUCACAUGGAUUAUGGUAGACCAACUCUUGUGUCGAACUGGCAUCAAGCAAGGGAAGCUGAGCCCAAAGACUAUGACAUCAAAGAUUACCAGCCCGAAAAGAGAAAUCUCCAUAACUCCACAUACCACCGCAUUGGAAAUGUCACAGAUGGGUCUUUACCUGAAACAACCAGUCAUGACCAGAUGGAACAAGCAGUGAAGCUUAAGAGUGACUUUGAAACAAGAGAAACAAGGCGGCAGAUGGUAGACAUGAACACUUUUAACAGUGUUGAUUUCCAAAGAAACACUGGGGCACCUGAGAGAGGAUUUGGUAGUGUACUUCCAAGACAUUCACUUGACCAUGGAAAGAGGUACCUUGACACCACAUACAGAGUGGAUUAUGAUUCUCCGUAUCCAUAUCAAACACAAAAGACUCCUCCUCCAGAGCCCGACCAGUCUGCGCUUUGGCGGAAGUACCACUCCCAGUUUACCGAUGUGGACGACUACAGACGACACGGACCAAACACGUGGCACAAUGAGUCAGGAAUUUACGCUAACACAGCUGUACGAGAACAUGUUUUACAACCUACAAAUCCUAUACCAGAACGGCUUGGCUGAUGUCUGGAGUUACAUAAGAGAUGUUUUGGACUUUUUUUAAUCUUGAUAAGCAAAGUUAGAUUGACAUUCUUUUGCUUUUAAUUUCACGUUUUCCCCUUUUCUAGUUGUAUUGAUAAGCUAAAGAUAUGGUGUAUUUGAUGACCAAAUUUGUUUGAAUUUACAGAUUACUUUGCUCGUU